CCCCCUCACGGCCCCGCCUUCUCUCCAGCCCGUGGACGUCACUUCCGGUGAGGCGCGGAGGAGGCGGCGGAAGUGCCUCCAUAGUGGUCUGUCUGGAGCGGUGGUGGUCCCUGCGGCGCCAUGGUGGAGGAAGUCCAAAAGCAUUCUGUGCACACACUUGUGUUCAGAUCUUUGAAGAGAACCCAUGACAUGUUUGUGGCUGAUAAUGCCAAGCCUAUCCCCUUAGAUGAAGAAAGUCACAAAGUGAAGAUGUCAGUCAAGCUGCGCACAGAGUAUGGCUCAGUGUUACACAUGCCUACUCUUAAGGAAAACUUGAGAGAGAAGGGAGGCCCAAACUCUGGGGAUCCUUAUGCACAGAAACAGUUUCCUGGAAAUCAAGGACAAGAACUUGAGUAUAUGAUAACUGGUACACAUCCAUACCCAUCUGGGCCUGGUGUGGCUCUGACAGCAGAUACUAAGGUCCAGAGAAUGCCCAGUGAAUCUGCAGCACAGUCCUUAGCUGUAGCACUUCCUGCUUCUCAGUCCAGGUUGGAUGCAAGCCGGACAGCUGCUGGUGUGGGUGAUAUUUACAGGCAUGCUGGAAUAGCUGAGCGUUCUCAGCCCCCAGGGAUGGCUGUGGCUUUGGUGGAAGCUGGUGGGAACAAAAAUUCUGCCUUGAUGGCAAAGAAGGCUCCAACCAUGCCCAAACCACAGUGGCACCCCCCUUGGAAACUGUACAGAGUUAUCAGUGGUCACCUGGGUUGGGUGAGAUGCAUUGCAGUAGAACCAGGGAAUCAGUGGUUUGUCACUGGCUCUGCUGACAGAACUAUUAAGAUUUGGGACCUUGCAAGUGGCAAAUUGAAAUUAUCUUUGACGGGACACAUCAGUACUGUACGAGGGGUGAUAGUAAGUGCAAGAAGUCCAUACCUCUUCUCUUGUGGAGAAGACAAGCAAGUGAAAUGCUGGGAUCUUGAAUACAAUAAGGUCAUCAGACAUUACCAUGGUCAUCUAAGUGCUGUCUAUGGUUUAGACUUGCACCCCACAAUAGAUGUCCUGGUAACUUGUAGCAGGGAUUCAACAGCACGAAUUUGGGAUGUGAGGACAAAAGCCAGUGUGCACACACUGUCAGGACACACAAAUGCAGUAGCAACAGUGAAAUGCCAAGCUGCAGAACCACAGAUUAUUACAGGCAGUCAUGAUACUACCAUACGGCUCUGGGAUUUAGUGGCAGGAAAAACUCGUGUGACUUUAACAAAUCACAAGAAAUCUGUAAGAGCAGUAGUGCUACAUCCAAGACAUUACACAUUUGCAUCUGGUUCUCCAGAUAAUAUUAAGCAGUGGAAAUUCCCAGAUGGAAAUUUCAUUCAGAACCUCUCUGGUCACAAUGCUAUCAUCAACACGCUGGCUGUAAAUUCUGAUGGUGUUCUGGUUUCAGGAGCUGAUAAUGGUACAAUGCAUCUUUGGGACUGGAGGACUGGAUACAAUUUCCAACGAGUACAUGCAGCUGUACAACCUGGUUCUUUGGACAGUGAAUCAGGAAUAUUUGCUUGUGUUUUUGACCAGUCAGAAAGCAGGUUGCUAACUGCUGAAGCUGAUAAAACCAUAAAAGUAUACAAAGAAGAUGAUACUGCGACUGAAGAAACUCAUCCUAUCAGCUGGAAACCAGAAAUUAUCAAGAGAAAGCGAUUUUAGUGCAGCAAAAUACUUAUGCUGUAGUUUUGUUUGGCCUUCCCUGAGAGCAUUCACUCACAUUUUGUUCUGCCUAGAACAGUAGAGCAGGAAGUCAGCUAAGUCAUUGCUAUUUCAACAUGUUUUAUAAUAAAUUUUAUUUCUCUUUCCUUUUGUCUUUUUUUUUUGUUUUUGUUUUUUGGGUUUUUUUUUGUGUGUGUGAUCCCAGCAAAUCAGUUGCAGCUGUUAACAUUCUCUUUGUGGAGCAUGUAUAUGUCAUGAAAAGUAUGGAUAUGCAGGUGGUUACUUUUUUAUAUGAAUCUGUUUUGUGUAAGUCUAAAAAUAUUUUCAUGAGCCAGUUUUUUUUGAAAGGCCCUUGCUUGCCUCCAAAUUUAAUUGCUAAUUUAUUCAUAGAAGCAAUCAAAUGGAAAUUUCUUGAGUGACUUUCAGAUUUUAGACCAGUACUGUUUAUUGUACAUAUGCUAAGGCUAUACUGUAAUGGAACAGUAUAUACUGAAUUACAGAGUAAUAGAGUAAUCAAGAAAGAAGCAGGACAAUAUAAUAACAAUAAUGUAAUUUGUUUUAUAAACACAUCCACUGACUGAGCGUUGCCAGUGCUGUGUUAUUGAACAAAAUGGAUCUUCCAAGUGUUUUAUUUCCCUAGGAAAGCUUUCAUGUACAACUACUCAUCUUCAUUUCAGACUGUACCUUCUACAGCAAGGACCACUGUCAAGUCAUAUUGUUCACAGUCACCACAGGGUUAGGACUGGUUGACUUUGUAAGUCACCUGUUGGGUUUAGGUUUUUCAGUUAUCCAAAGCAUGUGUUAGAAUACACCCAACUUUUAAAUCUGAAGUUAAAAGGAAAAACUCAAGUCAUUCCUGCCUUAGUUUCACAUGGUUUUGUCUUCCCAUGACCUUAUGAAGGAAUUUAAAAUAAAUCCUACCAAAGGAAAAUUGUUACUCCUGAAGGGACAAAUUUUUCAGUGUUUACAGUCACAAUAAGAAGCAGCAAACAUGAAAGCCUCCUUGCUGCUGCUGAUGUGUGAUGCCUGUGCUGCUGUAAAGCACUUUCUCUUCAUGAGGGGCGAAAAGCUUUAAGUCAUCAAGCCGUCAACUUUGCUAGCAGUGUUAAUAGCUGCCGUGGCAAGUUCCACGUGGGGUAGAUGCUGAGAAUUGUUCUGUGGCCACAGAAUCAAUAGUAAGCAGUUCAAGCAGUUCAUAAUAAUUAUUUCUGUUCUCUGCCAGUCUUUCUUCCUUUGAAUCUGGGAUUUAUCUAAGAGAAAUGACAGUCACCUGCAAUGUAACCUACAAAAAACUAGUAAAACUAAGUGCUGUUUAUAUUUCAAAAAUCUUUGUUUGACUUUUAUGUUGCACAAGAGGUCUUGUGUUUAUAAUUCUAAUGUUUGACAGUUUUGUUUUAAGGGAGUCCGUGCCAUAUAAAUAUCUGAAUUUUGAUUUACAGCUAUUGUUUGAAGCAUCUUCUCAAAACAAGAGAGGGGAAUAUUUGGUGUUUAGAAGUUGGAUUAAAUAUCAUCUAUUUGGACGAUAGUUCAAAUUUUUUUAGAUCUUUAUUAGAGCUGUUUUAAUUUUUUCUAUCAUACUGGGGACAGAAGGUGACUUACGCAUAGUUUAUACUGCUGCUAAUGCUUCAUUCCAGAAAUUGCUGAAGUAUUGGUGUUAUUUAAAUUAAUGUUUUAAAAAUUUUCUUUCUCACAGUGAAAUCCUCUGUAGGAAGGAAUGGAGAAAUAUCUUCCUUGAAAAAGGAUGAGGGUUUUGUGGGGUUUUAUUUGGUUGUUGUGGGUUUUUUAGGAAUGUCUUAUCAUUCUUUUGAUGAUUUGGAAUUAGGAAGGAAAAAUUUAAGGUUCUGGCUCACAGUUCUAGCACUUCUUCUCUGUACUAGCACUUUUCAAAAACUGCAUUUAUUUCAGUGUUUAUUGCUUGGAAGAGAGACCACAAGCUCUCUUAUAGAACCUGUGUACGUUUCUUCCCUGAACUUCUGCAGGAAUGUGUUAGUAUGUGGCAGAGGUAGCCAUUAUUAUUAGCUAUUAUUUGCAGAAAUAGCUCUUUUUUUGGACUAUAAUGUGCUGUCCGUGUUCUCAGUGUGAUUUUUUUUUUUGUUUGUUUUUUUUUAACAUUUGAUUUGCCUGCUCAUUUCCUUUCCAGCAGUUUUUCUUCCACUUAACAGUAAUGUGAAUAUCAUCACAUAUAGUUCUGUAAGUAUUUAUCACACAUCAGGAUUAUCAAAUGUUAUUUAAGAGCAUCUCUAGUGCAAAGUGUGACUUGUGGCACGCAUAUAUUUGAUAGUGUAGGAUACACAGUAACAUUAGAUGUGUCCAUGUAAGUCAUAAAGUGAAACAAGAGGAGGAUCUGGUCCAUUGGAAGUAUUUUCCAAUCUUCUGGAAGUGUCAAACUGCAAUGUAAGUCAAAACAAUCUUGAACAGGUGUCUAAUAACAGAAAAUAUUGUCAUUUUUUCAUCAAAUUUGAUAUUGUCUACUGUAUAUGAUCAAAUCAUACACAUUUCUACCACAAACCCUGGGUUUUGUUUUAUACUGUACAUAAUGCAAAGAAGAUGGUUUUUGUUUGUAACAUAAUUUUAGAAAGGGUAACUGGUAAAAGUGAUGAAUUUUAAGAUCACUUUUUGCUGUAUACUAAAGCAAACAAUGUGAGCUCUGCAGCUAGAAUGCUGUCAUUUGCUGGCAGCAUGAAACUUGUGCAGAACAGUGUGUCUGUGUCAACUUAAAGGCUUACAGAAGUAGAUCUACUAGCCAGUUUCUUUUUAGCCCUGUUAGGUUAGAACUGAAAUGCAAUACCUGAAUUGACAUCAGUUUAGCCAUCAAUAAAACCUUCAAUACAAUAUGA